AUGCGGUUGUCGUCCCUCCUGACGCUGGCUUGCGCCAUCACUGCUUUCAUCCUCUCCAUCCUCUGCUUACUUGCAGGCAACACGCGAUCGUUCCUACAGGAUACAGAGUUAUUGACGCUCAAUAUCUCCCAACUCGGCCACGGGAGUCUCUUCGAUACAUCGGAUGGCGACGGCGGGUUGCUCUCGACCCUGGGCAAUGAUAUCCAGCAGGGUGUCAACGAUAUAGUCAACGAUUUGACAGUCGAUAUUGCCUCACUCCUGGGUCUCCCUGAUCUGUACAACGUGCAUGUCCUAGACUUUUGCCAGGGCACAUAUUCGCCCAACUCUACAGCGGUCAAUGCAAAGAAGAACAUCACACAAUGUUCAAACCCGACCUUGGGCUUCCACUUUCAACCAACCCAAUACAUUGAAGAUCACCUGCCUGCCGGAAUUACAUUGGAUGACAUUCAUUGGCCAAGCGAUGUGGUGGACGCGGAACGCACCAUCAAAACCGUCAGCCGUGUCAUGGUUGUCUUCUAUAUCAUUGGGAUAGUGUUUUCUGGUCUCGCUAUGAUCACAGCGAUCGCCAGUAUUUUCACUGAUGGGCGGCUGUCAGCCUUCAUCAACUGGCUGGUGGAUAUACUUGCAUUCGGCGCCCUCGGUGUCGCCUCUGCCGUAGCUACCGCCGUGAUAGUUAUCGCGGUGGACAGAAUCAACAAAUACACAGAUGAGAUUGGUAUAUCAGCUAGCAGGGGUGGAAGAUUCCUCGCAAUGACAUGGGCGGCGACAGCAGUCAUGCUGCUUGCUUCGUUCGUGUCUAUUGUGCAAUGCUGUGUGGGGAGGCGCAGGCCCAAGCGGUACGAGAAAGGGGAAUACUGA